GGCUGCAUUUCACUGAGAGGCGCGUUAAUAUCGAGCAUGAAAUCUCCAGCCAGGCAUCUACGCUGAUUCUCUCACUGCAAACUGAUGGCUUAAACUCCAGCAGCGAGCUCGUCCCCCCCGUCCCUCUCGCUGAGAUGACUCUGAACACCGAGAGGAGUGACAGCCACAGCACACUGCAGAGACGGGCCAGCUCUCCGGUACCGUCCGCUCACCGUCCCCAUCACCGGUGUGCCCAACAACUCCGCAGCCUCAACACCGAGACAGAACUGUUGGCGCACCCCGGCCAUUGGCAGAGACCCAGCUUCGGGCACUCGGUAUCGUACCAGUCGGCAGACGGGGAGGGUGGAAGCUGGUCAUCGGACUCUGCCGAAUCCAUUGCCUCCAGCGACUCCAGCUAUGGCAUCUUCCGGGUAUUACUGCUCGGAGAUUCUGGAGUGGGGAAGUCCAGUCUGAUCAAUAUCUUUGCAGGGUUCCAGGACACUCAGGGCGAGCACUCCGGAGAAGACACAUAUGAACGAACUUUAACUGUUGAUGGAGAAGAUACAACCUUGAUAGUAAUGGAUACCUGGGGAACUGAGGAUGACAAGCCAUGGGUUCAGGAUUACUGUAUGCAGGUGGGCAAUGCCUACAUCAUCGUCUACUCCAUCACUGACCGGUCCAGCUUUGAAAGUGCCUCAGAGCUUCGCAUCCAGCUUCGGAGAAUGCGGCAGGCUGAAAACAUCCCUAUCAUCUUAGUAGGCAACAAGAGUGACCUGGUUCGGUGUCGAGAGGUCUCAGUCGAGGAGGGCCGUGCGUGUGCUGUGGUCUUCGACUGCAAGUUCAUUGAGACUUCUGCUGCUCUGCACCACAAUGUGACGGAACUCUUUGAAGGCAUCGUGCGGCAGAUUAGGCUGAGGAAGGACAGCAAGGAGACCAACGAGAGGAGAAUGGCCAAUCACCAGAGGAGGGAGAGCAUCACCAAAAGAGCUCGCCGCUUUCUGGACAAGUUUGUGGCAAAAAACAACAAGAAGAUGGCUCUGAGGGCCAGGUCAAAAUCCUGUCACGACCUGUCGGUUUUGUAAAUAUCCAAAAAGGAAGCUUGCAAAGCCAAUGUUGGACAGGAGCAACACUAACAAACUGUUUAAUUCAAGACAAAGUUCCUUUUCUGGCCUCUCUCAUCAGCGUGAGCCGGUGGUCACUGAACCCCAAUGAUGAAAACAAGAUUUACUGAAGAUUAGUGAAUGUUUGAGACUUGGUGACCGACAGGUUGGGGAUUUGUUGGAAAUUCAAGAACCUGUCCCUACAUUAAAGAGCAAUAACGUUCAUCAUUGUCACGUGUGUGACAGAAACCAAGCAAACACAUGAUAAGGUUUUUAUUUGUGGGGACAGUUCUGCUGAUUAGUACUUUGAUCACCUUCAUUUCCUGGCUGCUGACAGUGUUUCCUUGGUGUGGAAUGCCUCAUUCACAUUCUGCUUAAGUCCAGUACUGCUCAGUGAAAGUCCGAUUCUUGAAGAUAACUGAGAUCUAAAUCCUACCUUAUCAAUUGGUGUGAUGAAUCUCUUCACACUUGAUACAAAGACUGAAAUCCAAGUUGGCGUAUCUUUAUAUCUGCAGCGUUGACAUGGGCUCGGGGCUUUUUGGAGUGGGAGUGGGGAUUUGGUAUGCGAUAAGAUAUGUAAUGAUUU